AUGGACAAAAUUAAUGUUUCGAAGUUUAUGGGAGUAUUGCUUGUAUGGCUUUUGAUUUUAAAGCCUUGUGUGGGUAGCUCUUUUAUGGCGUUGCAAGGGCCUGGGUGUAAACUCCCGGCUAAUUUUUCCAUAUUCUGUGGUUAUUGUUUUUCCAUACCCACAUCCUACCGCGGAGGAUAUCUUUUUCGAUACGAUGCCGGACAGCCUGCGUAUCUUUAUAAUUCUGAUAAAUGCGAGGGUACAGCAGAUACUGAGCUUGCUGCCACUGCACGGGACUGCAAUGGUUUUGGGUGGAACAGUAUCUUCAUUCAGUGCUCAUAA